GAGGUCAAAUCAGAGAGUAAUUUCGGUCGGAGGGGCACGACGGGUGCUUUUGAAGUUUUGAGAAGAUUUUAGUGGGUGCAGUUUCUAAAUUUUGGAUUAAUGGAUGCCGCGUUUGAGCUAAAAUUGGAAAAUCCGAGGAGGAAAGCUAAUAUAAUUUCGAAAUUAUUUUUCGCAUGGGUAGUCAAACUUUAUUACACAGGUACAAGAAGGGAAUUAAAACUGGACGAUCUCUAUAAAACGCUCGACUGCGAUGAAUCUCAAUACUUGGGAAACAAACUGGAGCUACACUGGAACGAAGAAGCCAAAAGGGCAAAGGAAAAGGGAACGAGGCCCAGUUUGUUAAGGGCACUAUCCAAUACUUUCUUCUGGCAUUACAUGAAAUACGGGGCACUUGUUUUUAUUUCGAAUAUACUUCUAAGGUCACCACAACCACUGGUUCUGUCUCAAGUAAUUACCCAGUUUCAACCUGGCGUCACUAGAGAUCGAACAUGGAUGUACGCAUCGUCGGGCACUCUCAUCGCAAUAUCAGGCAUAAUGAUCUUCUUCAUGCAUCACACCAAUUACGGACAAUCUUGCGAAGGGAUGAGGGUGAGGAUCGCCGUUUCAUCUCUGAUUUACAGAAAGAUUAUGAGACUAAACAAAAGAUCCCAAGGCCAAACAGCAGCUGGUCAAGUUAUAAAUUUAUUAUCCAACGAUGUUCAAAGAUUCGAUUUUGUGGCUGUAUUUUUGCACUAUCUCUGGAUCAUGCCCUUCCAAGUAAUACUAGUGUCUUAUUUUAUCUGGCAGGAAGUCGGAAUAUCAUCCCUGGCUGGGAUCUUGUCUAUGGCACUUUGCACGCUGCCCGUGCAAGCAUAUCUUAGUAAACUUACCUCGACUCUUCGCCUAAAGGUAGCUCAGAGAACCGAUCAACGAGUAAAGUUGAUGAGCGAAAUUAUCUCAGGAAUACAAGUAAUUAAGAUGUACGCCUGGGAAAAGCCAUUAGAGCAGAUAAUCAAAUACUUGAGGGCCAGAGAGAUUAAGGUGCUGACUAGCGCUUCGUACGUCAGAGGAUUUAUGCUGAGCUGCAUGGUUUUCAUAGAGAGGAGUACAUUGUUCCUGACGGUUGUUUGUUACGUACUCUUGGGACACAACAUCACGGCUGACAAGGUCUUUUCGAUGGCCCAAUUUUUCAACAUCCUUCAGGCCGCCAUGGCGAUAUUUUUUCCCAUGGCUAUCAGUCUGGGUGCAGAAGCAUGGGUUUCGGUGAAACGACUCGAGGACGUACUAGUUCUGGACGAAAAACAGGUAUCGGUGGUGGAAGAACUACCGGAAAAUGAGAUUAGAGUGUCAAACGUCACGGCCUCUUGGGUUCCCGGCACGCCCGUGCUGAAAAACUUUAAUUUGCUCGUCCCAAAAGGAAGUCUAUGCGCCGUCAUCGGACCUGUUGGUGCUGGAAAAUCUUCUUUGCUUCAAUUGCUUCUAGGUGAAAUCUCUCCCGAAUCUGGAAAAGUCCAACUAGGCGGGACAGUUUCGUACUCUUCGCAAGAGCCAUGGUUGUUUGCUUCUUCCGUGAGGAAAAACAUCUUGUUCGGUAAACCGUACGACGCUACUUUAUAUAAAAAAGUGGCAGAUAGAUGCGCACUGGAAAAAGAUUUCGAGCAGUUUCCACACGGCGAUAAAACACUGGUGGGUGAACGCGGAGUUUCCUUAAGCGGUGGCCAGAGGGCGAGGAUAAAUUUAGCCAGAGCCAUUUACAGAGACGCGGACGUGAUUUUACUAGACGAUCCUCUGUCGGCGGUUGACACGCAUGUUGGGAAGCAUCUGUUUGACAAGUGCAUCGUAAGAUACUUGAGAGGGAGAACGAGAGUUCUGGUGACCCAUCAGUUGCAGUAUUUAAAGAAAGCAGAUAUUAUCGUGGUUCUGAAAGAGGGUAGAAUUGAGGCUAUGGGAACAUUCAAUGAGCUUUUAAGCAGUGAUUUAGAUUUCACCAAAUUGUUGGCCGCAGCAGACGAAUCGCAUGAUGAAAAGGGGAAAUUGUCCAGGGAGAAUUCAAUGGAAGGUAUACGUUCCAGGAAAGCUUCCAUACGGAGUCUAUCCGAAUCAUCGAUCGAUCAAACAAUCAAGGACGAAAAUCAAGAGACUGGUGUUUACGAGGGAGGUUCCCUCAAAGAAUAUUUUAAAGCAGUCGGGAAUGAAUUUUUCGUCGUGGCCAUGUUUUUCGUCUUAAUCUUGGCUCAAGCGAUUUGUACCGGAGCCGACUAUUGGGUAGCUUAUUGGACAAACCAGGAAGAAAUCAGACAUUUGAACGAUUCCAAGCCCAUUGUUGGGCAAAUUCCGCUGGAACAAGUUGAAGUGUUCAACUUAUCCGACGUUCGUAUGCCAGAUUUGACCCACUAUACCUACGUCGAAAGACAACCCAUGGAAAGAAGCGUAUUCGACUCUAGCGAUCUGUUCGAUAGAGUUGAAAGUAACGGACAAACGCAAAUCCUCUUUAAAACAAACAUCGCGAUUUACAUCUACGCGUGUCUCAUAAUAGGCGCUGUAGUCGUAACCAUAGCGCGUUCAUUUUGUUUCUAUAAGGUAGCUAUGUUGGCGUCCAAACACAUCCACAGUAAGAUGUUUCACUGUCUGCUUAAGACUCCGAUGAGGUUCUUCGACAUUAAUCCCAGCGGCAGAGUGCUCAACAGAUUCUCCAAGGAUAUGGGAGCGAUAGAUGAGGCUCUACCCCGAGUGUUGAUAGACGCUAUCCAGAUAAUACUCGUGAUGGCGGGUAUUUUAAUCAACGUAACGAUUUCCAACUACUACAUGGUCAUUGCUAUGAUACUUUUGGGAGCGAUAUUUUUAAAAAUUAGAUCCUGGUACGUGGCCAGCGCGAAAGACAUUAAGCAUUUGGAGGGCAUAGCAAAAUCGCCAGUAUUUUCGCACGUAACAUCGAGCCUGGCGGGUCUGACGACCAUAAGGGCCUCCCAGUUGGAGUCAACGUUAAUUAAAGAGUUCGACGAACACCAGAAUGUCCACACCUCAGCUUGGUUUCUCACUAUAAUGUGCACUGUUUCCUUCGGACUAUGGCUUGAUAUAAUUUGUGUGAUAUUUGUCGCCUGUGUAACUUUUGGAUUUGUCGUUUCCGCAGACUGUAAGUACUCGCCUACGUGGCAGUUUCACACCCAUGGUAUCCUCGUUUGGUUUUCAGAUAAUCUGCUUGACCAAAACGGAAGCUUGGUAGGCCUAGCGAUUUCCCAGUCUUUAAUACUAACGGGAAUGCUUCAGUACGGUAUGAGACAAACCGCAGACGUAGUCAAUCAACUCACGAGUGUCGAGAGAGUUAUGCAGUAUACCAAACUCGACACGGAGGGGCCAUUUGAAACGCCCAAAGAGAACCUACCCGAAAAGCCAUGGCCCGGCAAAGGAAGAAUUGAGUUUCGAGAUUUGAGCCUGAAUUACGCAUCCGGAGAGCCUCCUGUGCUUAAAAAGUUAAAUUUCAAAAUUGAACCUGGUGAAAAGGUUGGUAUCGUUGGUCGUACCGGCGCCGGUAAAUCCUCCUUAAUUAGUGCCCUGUUUAGGCUUGCUCCACUCGAAGGUCAAAUUUUAAUCGACGACAUUGAUACUCAAACUGUAGGGUUGAACGAUUUGAGGAAAAAGAUUUCGAUCAUUCCACAGGAACCAGUGUUGUUUUCGGCCACUUUGAGGUACAAUUUGGAUCCGUUCGACGAGUUUCAGGAUAGCAAACUGUGGGAAGUUUUAGAAGAGGUAGAACUGAAAGAUCUAGUGGAUUCUCUCAACUUCCAAGUAUCAGAAGGUGGCAGCAAUUUCAGUUUGGGUCAAAGACAACUUUUGUGUUUGGCGCGAGCAUUGUUACGAAACAACAAAAUUUUGGUGUUGGACGAAGCUACAGCAAAUGUCGAUGCCAAAACCGAUGGUCUCAUUCAGAGCACAAUACGAAAAAAGUUCAAAGACUGCACUGUCCUAACGAUCGCCCAUAGGCUAAACACCAUAAUGGAUUCGGAUAAAGUGUUGGUGAUGGGUUUUGGACAACUCUUAGAAUUCGAUCACCCGCACACACUCCUGCAAGUGCCUAAUGGACACUUCCACAAGAUGGUUCUGGAAACGGGCAAAACGAUGACCCACCACCUGAAAGACAUUGCUCGAAAUUCUUGGGAAUUAAAAGAGGAUUACAUUCCCGAAGAGAAUUUCGAUACGAAGUUAUAAAAUAUGUGAUCGUAUCAUGUAUAAGUCGAUUUUUAAUGGUCGUGCAUGGAUAAUAGAUAAAACUUAAUGCCGCGAUAUGCAUAUCACAUUUAUCGAUAAUUUGCC